CUAAGCGCUCAUAGGAGCAUUUUAUUGCUAGUCAAUACAACUUGUAAAGAGCGUUCACCUUGCCUUCAAACAACAGAAAGGGCUAAAAACGGAGAAAGAGAGAGAGAGAGAUCACAUUUCCACCGACGCCAUCCUGUCGCGGCCAUCACCGGCCUCCAAGGUCGGUGCUCGCACUCUCGUCGCCUGAGACGCUUCCCUUCCAACCUCCUCCGGCCCGGUGCAUCGAGCCGCGCCGUUGCGAAGCGAGCGGGUCUCGUCCGAUUUCAGCGAUCUAGCCUCCGGGAAAUUUCGUCGUUGUCGUCGGGUUUGGGGCGGUGGAGGCAGCGACGAUGUUUUGGAAGGACAGCGGCGGCCGGAGCAGCAGCGGCAGCGGCCGGGAGCAGAACGGCGUGGGCCCCUUCGGCCAUGUGCGCGUCCUCAUCGUCGGUGAUUCAGGUGUUGGGAAAUCUUCAUUGGUGCAUCUCAUUUUAAAAGGUUCUGCCAUUGCUCAACCAGCCCAAACAGUAGGAUGCACAGUGGGCAUUAAACAUAUUACAUAUGGAAGUGCGGGCGGUUCGUCUAAUAACAUCAGCGAUGCUGAAAGGAACUUCUUCGUUGAGCUUUGGGAUGUCUCAGGACAUGAACGUUACAAAGAAUGUCGUUCGAUUUUCUAUACGCAAAUUAAUGGUGUCAUAUUUGUUUAUGACCUCUCUCAGAGGAAGACCAAGACAAAUUUGAAUAAAUGGGCAGUUGAAGUUGCUGAAACUGGCACUUUUUCAGCUCCACUUGGAUCUGGUGGACCAGGAGGACUUCCAGUGCCUUACCUGGUAAUUGCUAAUAAAGUGGAUGUCGUUCCAAGAGAUGGUACAAGAGUAAGCAGCGGGAAUCUUGUUGAUCUUGCUCGUCAAUGGGCUGAGAAGCAGGGCCUUCUUCGAUGUAGUGAAGAACUUCCACUCACAGAGAGCUUUCCUGGGAACUCUGGUCUCGUGUCGGCUGCCAAACAAGCAAGGUAUGACAAGGAAGCCAUGAUCAAGUUUUUCCGCAUGUUGAUCAGAAGAAGAUAUUUUUCAAAUGAGCCUCCUGCCCCAAGUCCCUGGUCUCAUACUCCGAGAAAAGAUACCAUCCUUCCUGUAGAGACUCUUGGAGUUGACGUUGAUAGCUUCCAAAGGAAAAGCUAUGGUGAUGAGGGCUUUAUGUACAAUGGAGUAACCCCACUGUCAGCACAGAGGAACCUCACACCGCCACCAACACUCAGUCCGCAGCAGCCGGUGUUUUCCUCAGAUAACUACAGAUAUCACAGAUUCUCCUCACCGUCGCUUCCAGACGUAAGCAGCAAUAGAACAAGCCGAGAAGAUAUUGACGUGUGAUACAGUGGAGCUCAUGUGCCAUUACCUGCAUAAUGUGGGAAUCAUAUCAUACGGUGCCCAGGAAUUGAGUUCCUAUCGGCAUCUUGAGUUGUUUAAAUGCAUUUUCUUGCAGCAUUUGGAUGCUGCCAAGGUGAGAUUCUUUUUUAUUAGGCUAAUCUUAUCCGAUCACUAACAAGUGAUCCUUUUCUUUUUCUCACUUUCAUCUGUAUUUGAUUUGGAACACAUGUAACUGAGAUGAGGACAGUACAUAAUGUGCCAAUAUACAAAUAGAAGCAUUUUUGGUAACUGGGUA